AUGGCAUUCCCUUACACCUUCGUCUCAUGCCCCUGCUCAGACGCAUCCAAUAGAGCGUUGAAGUCGAAGCGAUCCUCUCGCGAUGUCGACUUGGAGGGAGUCCAAGACGGCGAAGAGACCUUUGAUCCGCGACAUCCACGUUCUGCCUUCUCUCUAUUUCCCCCAGAGCAUUUGUUGUACUGCGAAGAAUGUCACGAGAUCAAAUGCCCUCGCUGUGUGACCGAAGAGAUCAGUGCCACCUACUGCCCAGACUGUCUCUUUGAGAGCCCCAGGGUUAUGGUGAGGAGCGAAGGGAACAGGUGCCCUCGAAAUUGCUAUCAUUGCCCCAUAUGCACGUCUCAGAUGAUCACCACUUCCAUCGGCGACCCAAAAGACGGCCCAUUCAUCCUCAACUGCAACUAUUGCAUGUGGAGCACCCUUGAUGUUGGUAUCAAGCUCGAUAAAGCCACCGGCGUCCGCGGCCAGCUUGAUGAGAUUGCAAAUGGAGGCAAACGCAAGACUUCGGCGGCGAAAAGCCCGCUAUUCCAAGAGGAUCCUGCCCGCAAAUCAUCACUCUCGCGGCCUCCUUUAUCCCCAGAAGAAGUAGGGGAGCUCGUUGAGACUGAAGGACAAAUCAAGUCACAACCUUCUUUAGAUCCAACGGCGAGGUUCACUGCUCUGAAGUCGUUCUACAAGGAACAAAUCGCCGAAUCUUCAGCAACGGACGCGGGCUUUCCCACAUCUGCGCUGGACAUGGCCUACUCUUCCCCGUCAUCACUUCAACGUAUCAUGAACAUCUAUACCAACAGAGAAAACUCGCUCAAACGGGCUCGACAGAAGCUUACAAUCAUGCGAGAAGCACGGACAGCGAGUGAAGGACUCAAAUGGUAUGACCCGCAAAAUUCCACGCCUUGCGAAUACGACGAGACCACAACCAUGGCACAAAGAGCCUUACAAAACCCCUCCUUCAUUGGCAACCCCGAAGCCCGCACCGUCUCGGACCUCAGACCCAUGCCCACACUUAUGCGCACAAAACGAUCCAAGCGCUGUGCAACCUGCAAACACAUCCUCACUCGGCCUGAACUGAAGAUCUCAUCUGCGCGGUACCGCAUCAAACUGAUCGCGCUCAGCUAUAUCCCAUUCGUGACGAUAAAGCCGCUCCCCGUUCCAGGUGGCUUGUCCCCUUCAGGGCCCGACGGAAGCGAUGUCGUCCUUGCGGCCGGAAAGCCCGUCCAGUUUAUAAUGACACUGCGCAAUCCGCUGUUUGAUGAUGUAAAUGUCAGCCUGGGAAGCCCUAGCGUGACGCCGGGGAAGCAUGGACAUCGGGUCACUAUCUUGUGUCCACAAUUCCAGAUCGGGAAGAAUAGCGACGCCUGGGACGAUGCACUCAACAACCCUCCGACUCAAGCAACGGGAGGCACUAACAACACAGCGGGCGGAGAACAAAUCGCGGGUAAACUCUACGACCAGGGCCGGAAUUGGGCGAGCGUGGUGAUUGAGAUUAUUCCCGCCAGCAUUCUGAGAAACGAAGGCGAGGAGCUGGACGAGGAUGAAGAUGUCAUUGAAAUCCCUAUCAGAGUCAGGCUUGAAUGGACGGUUACCGAAGAUGAGACUGCAGGGAUCGUGGAGAGAAGGAAACGGGAGAGGGACAAGGUGCUCGAAGAUGGCGAGGAGGCGGAUGAUGGGAAGAGAGAACUGAGUUAUUGGAUGGUCCUUGGCAUUGGAAGGGUCGAUUGUUGA